UUUCCAACAUGGCGUCCAGCCGGGUGCCGGAGAGGGAGGUCCGGGAGGAGCCGAGGCGCUCUGCGACCGCAAACCUCGACUUCUGCCUCCACAAAUACUCCCUGCUCAUCGUUAUCGGACGGACCGCACGCCCCAGACAGACGGCACACAUCAGCGGGGACAUUGAACGAGGCAUUCGGUCAUGGGACGUAGACUUAAAAUCCUGUAACCUGAACCUUUAUCUCCAAGAAUUCCUCUCACAUCACACGGCAUCUUUCAAGGGUGCAGGGCUGAAGUGUCUGCGCCACAGUACCAGAGUGUUGGAUACUCAGGUGCUGAUCAGUCCAACUCAGGAACAGGUCCGUUUAGAGGUGUUGGCUCUGCUGUCCAGGGAAUCGGCUCAUAAGCUGUUGAUCUUGGCUGGUCAGAGUGUGGAGGAAAGUGGAGACCUGCUGUUUCACAGAGGACUGUUCUCACCACAACAACUGAAACAAAUACUAACAGAGCAGCUCAGAGAUCAAGACAGCUCUGCCUCCCCCUCCAAACUAAAUCUGACGCUCAGCUGUCCCAACAUCGGCCAGUGGAGGAAGACUCUCUUGGGAAACCAGCCUCUGCAGGGUCCUUUCACACUGCACAUUAAUCCCCCAGAGGUGCUGCCUGUCAUGGAGGCUCUGGGGGAAUUCACCUCGCUCAUCUCUGGCACGCUUUCCCCUCCAUCUCCCUUUGACCUCCUGCCUCCUCCCACCACCGUGGGUUUUCUCAAGCUGUCCCGCCCCUGCUGCUAUGUGUUCCCUGCUGGCCGUGGUGAUUGUGCCUUUUUUGCCGUUAACGGGUUCACUGUGCUGGUGGACGGCGGUUCGGACUCUCAGGCCUGUUUCUGGAAGCUGGUCCGCCACCUUGACCGAGUUGAUGCAGUUUUGUUGACACACGUUGGAACAGAGAACCUCCCAGGAGUCAACACCUUCCUGGAGAGGAAGGUGGCUGAGUUGGACCUGAGCUCUGAUAUCAAAGAUGACUCGUCUAAGAGGCUCAUCUCCCCAGAGCUUGGAGUUGUGUUCUUUAACGCCCCCAGCAGGUUACAGCUGGAAGAACAGCCUUGUGUGGACAAUGUACUCAAGAGCACACACCAGGCGGCCCUAACCUUACAGUUGUUGAAGAAGUUAGACAUCAGACCACAACCAUUGUUUCGACCGCAAGGGGUCCCCAUUGAACCACUCACCCUGUUCCAGAAGAUGGGAGUGGGACAGUUGGAUUUAUAUAUCCUCAACCCUGGCAAAAAUAGUCAGGAGUACCAGACAUUCAUGCAAAACUGGCCUGAUGCAGUGUCGUCAGCAUCCAAAUUCCACACUCUCCCUCUCACCGCCUUGGCCUCAGUGUCUGCCCUGCUUGUGUGGCACCCAGCGUGUCCCCAGGAGAAGGUGGUCAGGGUGCUGUUCCCUGGUGUUACCCCACAGGCAAAGCUACUGCAGGGACUAGAGAAGCUGAAGGGGCUGGCCUUUCUCCAGAAACCCACAGUGACCACCGGGGAUCUGGAGCAGUUGGGGGAGGACAGAAAGACCAAGAGGACAGAGAGCCAGGACAGUGGCAGGUCACAAGGGAAGGAGUCAACUAUCAGACAUGGAAAAGAUCGGGGAGUUAAAGAAGAGGGAAAGGAGGUACUGGUACGGGACAAGGGAAAAGUAUUAAAUGGAGUCGCUACAAGAGAUACUGAGAAAACCAGAAUCAAAGAGACAGGUGUAAAGCAAAAAGCAACAUCGUCAGAGAAGAAUACUUCAAAGAAAGGAGGAGGGAAGGAUGUAAAAAAGGAGGAGAAGCCUGGCAAUAAAGAGGAGAACAGUGUUAUGAGGAAUGAUCAGGGGAAAAGGGAUGUUCUCACUCCCAAACCAAAGAAUGAAAAUAAAACGAAGCUAAAAAAGGAAGCAAAAAAUGACUCUAAAACAGGUGCAAAGAAAACCAGAAAACCAUCAGGAAAGGAGGCAAACAAUGGCAAGAAGGUGCAUGUAAACACUGAAUUGACAAAUAACCAUCCAACAAAAGCCGACGCUGGGCCAGACGGUCUUGCUAUAGAGCAGCAGAAUCAAAAACCGGAGAAAGAGUGUGAAGAGAACCCUUGUGGCUCCAAAAUGUCUACCCCUGAGGACAUGACAGCUGAUUUUCUCAGGCUCCGGGAGGAAACUGAGUUGCAGCUGGAAACAGCAGAUAAAGGAAAGCAGAGAAGCACUGAGUCAGGAAAUGAAAAGAACCUCAGAGGCCUUGAGACAAGUAAUGAAACUGCUGAUACACUCGGGGAAGAAGCAGCAGGUGGCGCGGGGAUAAUGGGAGGAGAGAGUGGUGAUAAUGGAGCACAAAAUAAGGCUUGGGCUGGAGAGAAAGCUGAUGUAGACUGGCAGAAAGCGCCUGUAGACCAGCCUGGAAAUCCUGCCAAACCAGCAAAGGUUGUAGGAUUUCCAGCUCCCUUGAACAAAGCGCCAAAGAACGAGCACACAGUCCAGCUCGACAUAACCCCAACUGAAUACACUCUCCUGGACGGGGCUUUGAGAAAUAGCCCUCCCUCGCGAUCCUCUCCAGAGAACCAGGUCCCAGUCAGCCCUGAUGAAGAGACCGUUGAGCCUGCCUCCCCUGAUUCACGGCCCAACAGUGCAGGCCACACUCCUUACUGUCUGUCCCCAGAUGAUGUGUGGUGCAACAGGGCCACUCUCAGCAGGUUACAGGCCCAGAUGGGUAACUUAGAGUCAGCUGAUGUCAACCAGGCAAAUGAAUCAUCCAAGCAAAGUGAGGAGCAGCCCAAAACCACUACAGAGAACCACGCAAACACCAGGGAGAAGCACCUAAGUUUCCUUUCUUUGGGUUCAUUUAAAGAUGGAUCUUCAGACCCCUCUCCGUCUUUCACUACCACCACCACCACUACACACUCCAUGCCAGCAGAGGUCAGUUCACCUCAGUCCACAGAAGUAGAUGAAUCACUGUCUAUGUCCUUAGAGCAGGGACCAACCACUGUGAGCCAAAGAGAGGGGGAUGACAGUGCUUAUAACUCCCACUCCAAUGGAGGCCAUUUUGUGGGGAUGUCCUUACCAAUGAAGAAGCCUCCAAGAUCUUUAGGGCAGGGUUCAGAGAUGGGGCGACCUCCAGCUCCUAACACACUUCAUUUUGAGGCAUCAGCUCACGAUGUGGAUCUAUGCCUGGUUUCCCCCUGCGAGUUCAAGCAUUUCAAACCAACUGACACCAGCUCAGGUGGGAGCGAGUCCUCCAGAGGAGCCUUUGCUCCACAUCAUCAUGGCAACAACAACAACAACCCCAAGGACACAUCGCCCAGUGAGUCAAAUGCCCCGGUCUGCACGGAGGACUGUCCGUCCACCACAGCAGAUGGAGCUCUGGACUCGGAUGAGGAUGAGUCUUGUAGUGAGCCGUCUAAUUCCCCCCAUGGGCUCCGCACCAGUCAGGCUCUGCCCCAGGACCCUCUUCCAGCCCCUCUCAGGGACAGUCCGCCACUGCCCCCACAUCCCGAUGCCUCUAUGCCUGUUCCCCAGUCUGACUCUGAGGCUCACGGGAAGAGAGCAAAAGCUACUGGAAUGCGAGGGAAGAAAACGCCAGCGUUUACUGAGGUCUCCCAAAGAUCAGGCUCAGGGAAAAGCAGGACAGGGAGCCAAAGUGGAGUCUCAAAGGGGAAUGUCUCUUCUACUCGUACGCCUUCCUUCAGCAACCGUUCAGCACCAGCAAAACCCUCACCCAAUCCAGGCAGCAAGUCUACCUCUGUUGAGGAAGUCAGUGUGUACGUGGACCUGGCCUAUAUUCCCUCUGGAGCCUCCUCCCCAACAGUCGAUGUGGAUUUCUUCAGAUGCGUUCGCUCCUCCUGUUACAUUGUGAGUGGAGAAAGUCCAGAGAGAGAAGAGCUGUUGAGGCAUACGCUGGAUGCACUACUGGAUAGCAAGAAAUCCUGGCCUGACACUAUGCAGGUGACAGUGAUCCCCACCUUUGAGUCUGUGCCGAUGCAGGAGUGGUACCAGCAGACCUUGGACAGACAGAAGGAGCUGGGCAUCACCGUGCUGGGAUCCAACAGCACUGUCGCCAUGCAGGAUGAGACCUUCCCUGCCUGCAAGAUAGAAUUUUAAAGCAGACUUUGGGAUGAUGUAUGGUGAAUAUGAGGUGAAGGGUGUGUAAGACUGGGCUGAACGAGUGAAAGAAAUUAGUUAUAAACAGAGUUUAUGGGGAAAUAAAGGAAUUAUAUGGCCCCUUUCUGCACGAACACAACUGAGUUGGUAAUGACAUGGGACGUUCACACUAUCCCCUUUCCAGGCUAAUCACUUCUUUGUGGGCUACUUUUGCACCAAAAAGCCCUGAUGUCUCUUUUAUCCAAGAAGAACACAUAUUCUUGUGGGGAUUAUUGCAUGCAUUUUUUUGACCCAUGACCUUGUGCUAAACAGGAGAGGAGAUCACACUGGCUGCAAGAGAAGCAUGUCGGGCUGCAAACAUGUGCAUCCACAUGAAAGCAGAUGUUGUAGAUUAGUUAAUAUAGUUAGCAUACAUGGGGUUUAAAGCACUAUGUGCAGGCUAGUGAAUUGUAGUCUGUGCUAAGGGCCCAUUUUGCUGCUUUUAAUACAACAUUUGCGACAUUUAUUUAGUUAAAGGAAUUAAAUUCAGCAAAUCAAACUACUCCAGAUACUCCCAAAUGGCGAGAAUGUGCAAAACUUCUCGAUUAUGAAAAAUAGGUCACAUUGUAUUUCUCUUAUUUACUAUAAUUAUAUUUGUCUGAUUACCACAGAAGAUCUCUAUAUUGUAAAAAGAGUCUUACAUUGUACCUUUUAAUGAAAUCGCAGUGUGUGGUCAAGUGUUUGUUGUGAGCACUGUAAGCAGAUAUGAGGUGAGCUGUGUUGUGUGUUGUAACUGCUUUAAAAAAGCGUUGUGCCACUGUGGCUUUCACUGUUGACCUCGAGAUCUCAGAAAUAUUCUGACCAGAUGAGACAUAUCUGACGUUAGUGAGUGAUAAUCGCCCGCUGAAUCAGAGAUUACCGAAUCAGAGUGUGCAAAGACAAAUCUGUCAGCAGGGAUUAGAGUACCAGAUUGGAUUUAACAGCAUUACAGCAAUCAUCUUAUUAAGUAUAGUAAUUAAUUGUAAUCCAUUACAAGUGCUUAAAACAAUACAUAUCAGGAAUCAGACUGCAAAUGCUUUUGUAGAGAUAGAUGUUGACUUCUUAUCUUACUCAGAAUCAAUAAAUAAAAUAAUUAAAAGUAAUUUUAAUGUGGACAUGGUGGCUAUAUGAUCAUACGCUUAUUGUAGACAAAUAAAACCAUGGUGUAGUCACUGUUGGUGGUAAUGAUGGCUUUCCAAGUUGUACUUUGUAAAUAAGACUAAAUUAAAAAUCUUAUUCUACAAAUAUAGUGUUCAAUAGCCUAACAGCAUGUAAUUUGACAAAUAUAAAGGGUUUUCCACUAAUAAAUCAAUUAAUAUUUCCUUUAAUUAGUCCCAAAUUAUUUCGAUUUUUCCUGGUCUUCCCAGGAAAUGAUGAGGACAUUACAGAUCUGUAAAAUAAAGCACUUUGUAAUAAAGCAGAGGAAUUAGUAAUCUAAUGGAUUACACUGUAAUCUCUCUAGACCUGUCUGUCCAUUUUUAUCAUUUUUGUUUCCUUUUAUCCCAGUCUGGAUGUCCAAGAACAAAUAUCAUGUAAAUAUAUCUGAUUAUCUUGUUGUUGCUGUUUAAGUUCACACAAAUGUGAAUGUGACAACCAAAGCAUGAGAUCACAGAGACACAGAUCAUUUCCCCCUCCAUCUGAAUGCUGCCUCCAAAUACAGAAAAAAAAUCCAUUUGAUUCAAUAUCUCUUAAUAUCUGAAAUAUACUUUGUAAUUCUAUAAAUGCCCUGUUGAACUUUUAUUACUGAUUUUUUAACUGUCCUGCAGAUUUGUUUUAUUUUGUUCAGUCAUCCUUCUUUUAUCACUUUCUCACUUUAUGUGUCCCAUUUGUUGUCCAAACCAAAUUCAUUACAAUCCCCCCAAAAUUUUAACAUACCUUUGUCUUUUUUCUGCAAAAGGCUGCCAGAUUAAAUGAGUUAUUGGGAAUGGAUUGUUGAACUAGAUCUGUAAUCAUGGGUAACAAUUACUUGAACCCCACAGUAGCUAAGUGAAUUGUAACUAUGUGUAUGUGUCCCGCAUGUAUAAAAAUACUGUAUGUACUGUAUGUUAUUUCAUUCAUGAUAUUCAUGAAGACAGAGAGCAAAGCACUGUGGGAGAGCAGGACAGGAUGGGAUGAAAAACCUGAUGAAUGAUGAACACUGAGAACCUUUCACUUUGUAAUUGUCUGUGAUACAGUAACAAAGGGUUGUGUGGGGCCGGGAGUAAUGUAUGAAUAAAGAA